UAUAAAUAAAUUAGAUAAAAAUGGUUGAAUAUCCUGGAAUUUCGGUGAGACUGGCAGUAGAUCGUACGGAUACGAAUUUUAUUCCUCCAGUGGAGAUUCCAACGAAAUUUUAUACUCCAGGGGAAGAGGUCUCGGAUCAAGUUGAUUAUCUGAGAGGUCACGGGACGUACGUAGACGAUGACGAGUGUUUGAGAGCAUCUGUUGCCGGUGUCCUGGAAAAGGUCAACAAACUCAUCUCAAUCAGACCCCUGAAAACCCGAUAUCAAGGUGAAAUCGGUGAUGUCAUCAUCGGGAGGAUAACAGAGGUCCAGCAGAGCCGGUGGAAAGUUGAUACCAAUUCGAAAAUGGAUUCUACUCUUCUGCUGUCAAGUGUCAAUCUGCCAGGAGGUGAAUUGAGAAGACGAUCAGCAGAGGACGAGCAGACAAUGCGCAAAUAUCUUCAGGAAGGGGAUCUAAUCUGCGCCGAAGUCCAGAGCACCUACGCAGAUGGUUCUCUAUCUCUUCACACACGUGUUCUCAAAUACGGUAAAUUGUCCCAGGGGAUGAUGAUCAAGGUACCUCCAGCCUUGAUUAAACGAAAAAAAACUCACUUCCAUCAUCUGCCGAAUGGGGCGACUCUCAUUCUGGGGAACAACGGAUACGUCUGGAUUGGCGCCAGUUCCCAGAGCACUGAUCGUUCUGAGGGUGGAUUUACCCAGGAUUUGACUAGAGUCUCUCCCGAGGACAGGGAAAUAUGUGCGAGAUUACGAAAUUGCGUAUUGAUACUCUCUCAUUGUAACAUCUACCUCACCGAUACUUCUGUGACAUACGCCUAUGAAGAAUCCAGUAAAUACAAAUGCAGUGAAUUAUUGCAACCGGAAGCUAUCAUCGACGUGGCUCUCCUGACUCAUCACAGAUUGAGUCAAUAGUAAUAAUUUUUUUAACGCCUUAUCAGCGAAUAUUUUUUUUAUUCUACCUGUAUAAAAAAAAUUAAUUC